AUGGAUCACCUGGAGACUGAAUGGAAGACCGAAGAAGACCUGGAGACUGAAUGGAAGACCGAAGAAGACCUGGAGACUGAAUGGAAGACCGAAGAAGACCUGGAGACUGAAUGGAAGACCGAAGAAGACCUGGAGACUGAAUGGAAGACCGAAGAAGACCUGGAGACUGAAUGGAAGACCGAAGAAGACCUGGAGACUGAAUGGAAGACCGAAGAAGACCUGGAGACUGAAUGGAAGACCGGAGAAGACCUGGAGACUGAAUGGAAGACCGAAGAAGACCUGGAGACUGAAUGGAAGACCGGAGAAGACCUGGAGACUGAAUGGAAGACCGAAGAAGACCUGGAGACUGAAUGA